AUGCCAACAACUUUGUGGAAACUUGGAACGUCAAGUGACUUUGUAGUAGAUUACAGUAAUCUAGAGACAUUCAGUACUGGUGGUAAUUGUCUGAAAAUGGCUCUCAAGUCAACGGAUAAUCACUCGCGAGGCGCAUGGUACACUGAUGAUUGUUCUACUCUCGGACAUUUCGUUUGCAAACGACCGAUUGGAGUUCCUGACUGUAGUGGGACUCCUCCACCUGCUACAGUAGCCCCACCAACGAUGGCUCCACCGACCAGCACUACCGGAGUUCACGUGGCACCUGAAAGCAUUUCGUCUCCCAACUAUGCUGGCUAUUACAGUUCAGGUUGUGCAUACACUCUCACAACAUAUGGCUCCAACAAAAUCAGACUUCAAUUGGAUGAGCAAUUAUCCCAACUACAAUUAUGUGGACAUAUAUGA